AUAAAUACGAAUGUCCCUUCAAUAAAGAAGAUGUCGAAAUCUAAAAUGGCGUCCUUCUAAACAGUAAACGCAACUAACGCGGAAGUGUUUGUUAAACAAAUGUUUUGGGAGAGUGUGCUGCCAAGGUAGGUGAAUCUUUCCACUGCAUUUAUUUCCUGUCCAUUUAUCAUAAUGCUUGGAUCCGAGUAGGCUUGGCCUGGAGCAGAACUCAUGUAAUGCAAGAAGGACUGGAAAUCCCAUGAAGGGUUUGCACACAUGAUUGAAAAUGAAAGUCUCUUGUCACAAACUCAUUUUCGCAAUAAUUUGUUUGAUUUUCUCAUUGGAUGGCAUUGAGUCAGCAGCAGUUGCUAAGAAUGAGUAUUACAUGGACCUGAGGGCAGACUGUCUUUCUACAGGCUUUUUAGAUGUCCCCAGAGACCAGACUGUUUAUGUUAAUGCUCGAUCUACAGGCACAGUCAAUAAUCAGCAGCUGACUUGUUACCUGCAGUUUAAUCCCCAGACAGAUGGCGAUACAUUAAAAAUGUGGGUGGAGUCUGGGUCAUAUAUCAGUGAUUGUGAUGUUUCUCUAGAGAUGUCGAUGAAUGACGAGAAAUAUAUAUAUGGUUGCCAGUCAUCACAGAAUAGCCUUCCCAACUAUCAAACUAUCAAUGGAAAGGGAACUUUGAGACUGAUCAGAAAAUCUUACGGUGACUUGGAUUUCGGAUUUAAAAUUGGAAUCAAAGCAACUAAAAGUAUGGCUGCUGUAACUCCUGGAGAUUCCAGUUCGGGAAAUGUUGGAAUGAUAGUAGGCAUCGUAGUUGGCAUCAUUGUUGCCAUUGUGAUAGCCACUGUCAUUUGUGUUUGCUGCUAUCGCAAGAGACACAAUAAUGACACAAAGAAUGGUGGCUUGCUGAGCAAGAAUGCCCUGUCUGCCAGUUCCACUUGUACUUUUGACAACACUGGGGCCAAAAAUGGUGGGCUUGAGUUCCCAGGCUCAGACAGGAAGCUUUUGGGAAAAGAUGGUAUAGACUAUGAAAAUGAAGACAGAUUAAAGCCAAAAUCAGCACUAGAAAGGUUUGGACCAUCUCCACCCAAAAAUCAAAAAGCUAGUGAAAAUGUCAGCGAGGUGAAGAGAAGAGAACCAGAGUUAAGACAGAUUCCAGUGCCUACUGCACGAGUGAUCCCAAAUGUUUCCCAGAGGAAUAAAAAUGAAAGCCAGGGCAAAAACGCAAACAUUCCUGCCCCGCCUCCUAUAGAAGCUUUACUGAGCAGACAAUCUUCUACUGUAACCUCUUCCAGUGAAACAAUCGGAGAAAGAAAUGAAAGAAAUGGCGGUUCUCCAGGUGACAGAAAUAGUCAGGGUAAUAAUACCAUCUUUGCGGCACUUCGAAACAAUCCUAAAUUCAGAAAAUCUUUUCGUGAAAAUGAAGCAGAUGCAGAGGAUCGAGCUCAAAGAAUUUCUAGUUAUACCUCCACAAGCUCAAUGGCUUCAGACACUAGCAAACCUCAACUACCUCUUUUACCAUCUACUAAUUCUGCAAAGCCAGAGCUGAAAAAACCACAGCUUCCACCAGUUCCUAAACUCAGACCAAGGCCAUCAAGUCCAGAGAGACGUGGAGAGAUAGCAGCAAUACAUCGCCACCGACCUUCAUCCUCAACUUCUGAAAGCUCAAGGUUGGAUGCUGGAAAAGGGGAUGAAAAUGUUAAAUCUCAGAAAAUGAAAUCCACUGAGGCAUCUAAAUCAUUGCCUAAAAAAGAUGGAAGGAGAAACGAUCAUAGCAGUGACUCAGAGGAAAGUGAACAAAGUAGAAGACACAGGCACAGAUCUAAAGAUAGAGACAAAGAGCCAAAGAGAAAGCAACAUACAGAUAGACGCAGUAGAAGCAAUAGCAAGAAAAAAUAUCAUAGUGACUCUGAAGACAGCGAAUCGAGUCGGGGCAAAUCCAGACCUAGACACAGAUCUGAAGAUAGAGAUAAGGAUCCCAAAAGAAGGCAACAUAAUGAGAGACAGGGUAGAAAAAAGAGCAAAGAUGAUUUCAGCAGUGAGUCUGAAGUAAGUGAAAUUUAUAAAGAUAUAAGGUCCAAAAGUAGAGGCAACACAGUAGACAGAGAGGAUAAGAGAAAAGAAAAGCCAGAAGAACCAUCAGCAAGUGAGGAGAAGAGAGACAGAGACUAUGAAAGAAAAUUUGUCAAAUCUACAGGUGUAAGAAAAUCCAAAGGAAAAGGUGUUCACAGAAUGAAUCGGUCUAAGAGUACUGGCAGUGCUCUAGAAGAGCUGGAGUCAAAUUACUCUCAAAGUAAAUCUGCUGGCAGUGUGAAGUCUCUGAACCUUAACUUCAUUGAUGAGGAUAUUGACUUAGACAGUAAUCUGCAACCUUUUAAAAGGGCAGGCUCAAAGCAAUCUUUAUACGCCUCAAGAUCUUCUCUCUAUGGUCGCAGACGUAAAAACUCAAUGGGAGAAACCAUUUCUUUGUCCUCCUAUAUGUACGAUGAUGUGGAGUCCAGAAUGUCUGACUUUGACAGAGCGAGCAUUUCCACCAAGGACAAAGCCAGAAUGUUCAAAUCAACUGGAGAUCUUGAUUUAAAUAUGCAGACUGUCAAAAUAGUUAGAGAUUGUAGCACUUGGACAGGCAGCAGUAAAUGUGUGGAGGUAUUUGAAAAGAGACCUCUAACCAGAGGCCGACAUGACAAACGCUACAAUCGUGGAACUCAGACAAGCUCUCACAAAGAGAGAAAUAACUCCCUGGCAUCAGAAGCAUCAGUUCACUCAACACAUCGACUAAAAUCCAGAAGUAAAAGCCAGGAAAGCCUUGGAUCGGACAAAAGACGUAGAACACAUAAGAACGAUGAUAGAAAUAAGAGUCCUCAUCAUUCCAGGUCAGAUUUAAGAAGUAAGGAUGGCAGAAGUAGGUCAAAAAGUAGGGCGAAAUCCACAGACUCUGACAGCACUCACUAUACUGUCGACUCAUCUGACAGUGGCAAUACCCAACAUAGCACUCAUAAACCCAAAGCCAAACCAAAACCUAAACAGAGAAAUUUGACAGUUGAUGAUGAUUUAGAAAGUGUUAUCUCAGCUGCACCUUCAGCUGCAUACAUUCCAUACCAACCUGCUACCAACCCUCAGUACAUUCCUGUAAAUUAUCCUGUAGCACCAUAUCCACAGCCUUACUUAGCACCUGUACCUAAUGCUGUUCCUUUUGUAGCUCCUAAUGUUGUUAUGCAAAAGCCAGCUAUUGCUCCUAAGCCUGUUACCCAGGCCCCCCAGAGUGGUGGCACCAAGUGGGACCAGCUUGUCAACCUCACGGAAGGCAUGAAGAAACGCAGGCAUCAAAUGGGCGAGUCCAUCAAUGAGACAGAGUCAGUCAUGAGCUCGGCAUGGAGUGAGUUCACACCUCAGGUUUACGUGCAGGAUCCAAACAGAACCUACAGCACCUCCUAUCCAGAAUCUUCAGGGCCAGUACCACAGUACGGAUACUACCAUGCUCCCCCAUCAGAAAGUAAUAUAUAAAAUUGUUUUCUAUUAUAUAAAUUUGUUUCUGAGAUAUUGCUCAUCUUACACAUUCUGAAUUGGUUGUGUUUCUAGUUUCCAUAGAGACCAGAUUGUCUAUAUUAGAUGUGAUCCACAUUUUGUACAGUUCAUCCAUAUCAACCAACUUUAAAUGAUUUUAAAUAUUUUUUCUUUAGUUAUUCUUUUUUUUUGUGGCAAGUUUUUAUGGUUUUUGAGAUCAUUUUUUUAAAAUGUUCUUAUGUUAUGUAUAAUACAUUUUGUGUACAUAAAAUGAAGGUGGAAACAUUUUGUAUACAUUAAAAAAGGUGGACACAUUUUGUGUACAUAAAAAAGGUGGAAACACUUUGUGUAUAUA